UUGUAGAUUCUACGUAAGGACGCUCCUCUUACGGCUGUGCACGCCGGUUCUUUACGCACGCGGGAUCACGAGCAGAGUCCCUUCUGGUCUGUUCUGAGUAUUAGGUGAAGCGAGUCACAGGACAGCAGAUCUUUGUCAGCUCACGCCUCCGCCCGGGAUCCUGAUUUAGCCGCUUUGACUCAUCCACACGGCCGGUAGUUUUCACCAUGCCGAAGAAUAAAGGUAAGGGAGGUAAAAACAGAAGGCGUGGUAAGAAUGAAAAUGAAUCUGAAAAGAGAGAACUGGUGUUCAAAGAAGAUGGACAAGAAUAUGCUCAGGUAAUCAAGAUGUUGGGAAAUGGUAGACUGGAAGCUAUGUGUUUUGAUGGAGUGAAGAGACUAUGUCACAUUAGAGGGAAACUGAGAAAAAAGGUGUGGAUUAACACAUCAGACAUUAUACUGGUCGGCUUACGAGACUAUCAAGACAACAAAGCAGAUGUUAUUCUAAAGUAUAAUGCGGAUGAAGCAAGAAGUCUUAAGGCCUAUGGUGAACUUCCAGAGCAUGCUAAAAUCAAUGAAACUGACACAUUUGGCCCUGGUGAUGAUGAUGAAAUCCAGUUUGAUGACAUUGGAGAUGAUGAUGAAGACAUUGAUGAUAUUUAACCUGGAGAGACGUUUAUUCCAUUCCAAUUGCUGCAGAUUUUUCUGGUUUUGAUUUUGAGUGAAGUCCUCCCCGUUGAGACGAUAUUUUCCCGCCACUCAAUAAAAUUUAUUUUCACAAUUUUAAAGUAUUUAUAUUCUUUCAGUAGAGGUCAUUCAUGCUGGAUACAUUGGAACACCCGAGCUUUAAAAUACCCUCUGCCUGUAAUCGAUUGUAAUGUUCGGCUUUUCAGUUUGGCACGCCUUGUGUACAUGAUUUUGAAUUCUUAUUGUAACUAUCAUGGCUAUUUGGUUCCUAUGAAAACAUUAAGGUUAAGUUGGAAGAUGCUUCCUCACUCUCCAUUGGACUCGGCGGUGUUACCAAUCAGUCCAGACAGAGACCCAACGCUUCCUAUGUUUUUACCAUGUGACUAGUUUUAUACACUUACUGAAGAUAUCAGUCCCAUGUUUCUGCAGUCUGUCAGUCCUGGGCUUGAGUUUGCCAUCGUUUUAAUGCCACUGUACAACAGCUACAUCAGUGAAGUGAUGAGGCCUACCUAUGGACUCUCCCUUUUAUCCCCCUUUUUUUUUUUUUUCCUUAUUAAAAUACCAGAUUGUAUUUUUGUUUUUCAGUAAAUAAAUGCCUAACCAUAUGUUUCUCUUUUUUUUUGUUUUUAAGAACUGUAUAAUAUUUUUUUACUAUACGCAAACUACUUGUAUUAUGCAGGAAUCUUAUUGCACACCAAUAAGGGGAAAAAUGUUUAACUCGUGGAGUUUAGUACAAGUUGUUUGCCCUCUAAAAUGCACGUGCCUGACAUUUUCCAGCUUGUGAGCCACAUCCAAAUAAUUUGAGGCAGCAUUUAGGGGUUUGUUAUGGUAACAUCUUUAUAA